AUGAAGUCUUUUCCUGUUCUAUUCACCGUUCUUCUCUUGGCCUUGGCUGUAGCGGCAGACGAGAUGGUCGGUGCUCGCCCCGAAUUCAAUGAGUAUCACCCAAAAGAUCUCAAUGGGGCUCGUCCUAAAUACGGUGAUUAUCAUCCAGAGAAGCUUGCCGAGGCCCGACCGAACUUUGAUCAAUAUCAUCCAGAGAAGCUUGCCGAGGCCCGACCGAACUUUGAUCAAUAUCAUCCAGAGAAGCUUGCCGAGGCCCGACCGAACUUUGAUCAAUAUCAUCCAGAGAAGCUUGCCGAGGCUCGACCGAACUUUGAUCAAUAUCAUCCAGAGAAGCUUGCCGAGGCCCGACCGAACUUUGAUCAAUAUCAUCCAGAGAAGCUUGCCGAGGCCCGACCGAACUUUGAUCAAUAUCAUCCAGAGAAGCUUGCCGAGGCCCGACCGAACUUUGAUCAAUAUCAUCCAGAGAAGCUUGCCGAGGCUCGACCGAACUUUGAUCAAUAUCAUCCAGAGAAGCUUGCCGAGGCUCGACCGAACUUUGAUCAAUAUCAUCCAGAGAAUGGCCAUCCCAGUUUCAAAGAGUAUCACCCAGAUGAGCCAUUGAGACCGGAUUUCAAUCAAUAUAAACAU